AUGGGUAAAAUAGUUUUUAAUGAAGAUGAAGAAAUUGUCGUUCCAGAACCAGUUGCAAAGAAGCCAGAACAGAUAGAGGAACAGAUCUCUGAUGAUGAUGAAGCUCCUGAAGCCAUUUCGACAUCAACAGCAAAACAAACCUCAUUAUUUAAAGCCAAUCUAGAAAAAGAAGCAGCAGCCAAAUUAGCAGCUAAAGAAAAAGAAAAACGCAGAAAGAGAGAUCAACUUUUAAAAGAACAAAGCAAACAGAAAAAGAAGGUAGAAAAGAAAGAAGAAGAAGAAGAAGAAGAGAGUGAAGAAGAAAAUGAACCAGAACUGCUUCCAGAAGACUUGCUCGCACAAGCUAUUGCUGAAGAAAAAGAAGAAUCCAAAAAACGUAAUCAUAUUACAGCGGAAGAUUUUGAACGUAUGAUCGCUGAAGAAGAGGAAAGAGAGAGAGCAAAAAAGAGAAGAACGGUUGCGAGACGAGUGGGUGAAUAUACAGUCAAGGUGCUCAAUCAGCGUCCAAAGGCCGAAAAGAAAAAUAAGAACUUGAUUAAUCUUAAGAAAACAAAACUUCAUAGAAAGGCUGUACCAAGAAAAGACGCGGUCCAGAAUAUUAGUAGUGGCAGAGAUGGUGCUGCUUUAGUGUUUCGUCGUAAAUAA